GGUUGUUGAGGCGUUUAUGGAUUUCAGUACAGUAUGAUCGAGCUUAUAAAUAUUAAUAUCCACCUCCAUCGGAUCGAGCUUAUGAAUAUUAAUAGCUCAAUGGAGGCUGCGUGUGUAAAGUAGACAUUUCUGCCAUAUGGCAAGAGCGCCGUCGUCGGGUCGUAAAUCGUAAAUGAAGAAAACAGAAGUUCACACAGUAAACAACGCGGUGGUACGAUAGCUGGUACCUGCAGUUAUCAUUACUCGAUAAGUAGUUUGCUUCGAGAUCAACUCACUCAUUUGUUGCAUUGCUGAAUACAGACAACCGGGCUGAAUCAUGGCAUUCGAAAGGGUCUUCGAAUACAUCGGUGAGUUUGGACCGUACCAGAAACGAAUUCUUCAUCUGGUCUGCCUAAUAGCUCUACCCACUGCUAUCCACACCAUGUUACCAGUGUUCAUUAACGCAGACACCGAUCAUCACUGUCAAAUAAAGUAUUUAGAUGGCAUGAACUGCUCUCGAUGGGAUCUGACUACCAAUGAAUGCGAAGACGCGAAACUUCGCCUGAGUAUUCCAGAUGACGACGAAAGUACUAUUUUUGUUGAUGAGCGUAAAUGUAUGAUUCGCAAUAUUAGCGUAGAUGAGUUCUAUCCAGAUUUGAACGAGACCGAAAUUGAACAAUUUGAUGUGGUUGACUGUUACGCUGGUUGGACUUACGAUACAUCACAAUACAAGAGUACAAUUGUACAAGAGUUUGAUAUUGUGUGUGGUCAGAGUCAUAGAGCGACAACGUCAUGGACUGUUUACUUUGGUGGAGUUCUUUUUGGUUCAUUCUUGUUCGGGAAUAUCGCAGAUCUGUUUGGUCGGAAACCAACCUUCUUUAUUGCACUUGGUUUACAAGUUGUUAGUGAGAUUCUCAUUGCAUUUGUUCCAGCUUUCUGGCUAUAUAGUUUAUGCCGAUUCAUCGUAGGAAUGGCAAACAUGGGUGUUUACCUUAUUGGGUUUGUACUAGUGACUGAAUACGUUGGACCCACAAAACGCACGAUGGCCGGCUCGUUAUUUGCUAUUUAUUGGUCACUAGGAUAUAUGUUCAUUGCUGUUCUAGCCUUUCUCUUCAGAGAAUGGCGAAAACUAAUCAUCGUUUCAACAUGUGUAGGCGUACCACUCUUCUUUAUAUUUCCAUUUGUCCCUGAAUCAGUUCAGUGGCUGAAUUCAAAAAGCAAGAAAGAGGAAGCCAAGGAGGUAUUGAGAAAAAUUGCUACUUCAAACAAGACACAGAUUCCUGAAGGCGUUCUUGAUGAGAUCCUAACUGAAAAGCAAAUGGUUUGUGAAUAGUUGUAUUUACUAUGGGUUAUCUCUCGGUUCGUCUGACUUGGGAGUGAAUGAUUAUCUAGCUGGAGCUAUGUAUGGAUUCGUUGAAUUACCAGCAUACCUACUUAGUUGGUUAGCCUUGCGAUACCUCGGAAGACGACU